AUGUAUCGACAGGCCACCCUAGGCGAUGUUGACUUUAUCACUGGCGAUUAUCUUGCAGAGGUUAACCUGGCCAAUAACGCACAAGCUUGGAGAAACGGAAAGCAUCCGGGAUAUGAACCAACCGCCUGGGAUGGACUUCAGCAGACAAUAGAUGUAAUUGCCCAAAAGGGCAUCCGAGUGGUCAUCAAUGGGGGUGCUCUCGAUCCUAAAGCGCUUGCACUGAAGGUGGAGGCUUUGGUAUCCGAGAAGAAACUCAAUCUUCGCAUUGCGUAUCUCUCAGGUGAUGACCUAUAUCCAACCCUUGGCCCAAAUAUGCCAACCACAAAAGAUGAAUUGCGUCACUUAGACUCUGCAAAUACUUCCACAAUUCCAGCUGAGCUCACUUAUGCGUUUCUCAGCAAUGGUGGGGACCCAGUACCAAUGAUUUCCGCACACGCAUAUCUCGGAGCUCGAGGAAUAGUCGAAGGUCUGAGACGGGGAGCUGAUAUUGUCAUCUGUGGCCGAGUAGCUGAUGCCAGCCCCGUCAUUGCUGCUGCUUGGUUCUGGCACGACUGGUGCGAAACAGACUAUGACGAGCUCGCGGGGUCCUUGAUCGCGGGCCAUCUCAUUGAAUGUUCAGCUUACGUGACUGGUGGUAAUUUCGCUGACUUUGAUAAUUAUGACCUGGAUAGCCUUGUGAAGCCAGGGUUUCCAAUCGCUGAAAUCGCUGUGGAUGGUACAUGCGUGAUUUCCAAACAUCCCGGGACAGAUGGGUUCAUCAACAUGGAUACUGUUCGCUGUCAGUUCUUGUAUGAACUGCAGGGAAAUACAUACCUUAACAGCGAUGUCAGCGCCCAUAUCGCCAACGUAAACGUUGAGGAGGCUGGGAAAGAUCGUGUAUUAAUAUCCGGCAUUCGAGGAUCACCGCCACCGCCGACAACAAAAUGCGCGAUUUUUUACCAAGGCGGAUAUGAAGCCCAGCUCCUUCUCAAUGCGACUGGAUAUGGCACAUCCAAGAAGUGGGAUCUUCUAGAAAAGCAACUCCGUCACUUUAUUCCAGCAGAUAUCAUGAAAGAUCUGGAAACAUUAGAGUUUCAACGAGCCGGAGUUCCUGCUCAGAACCCACAAUCUCAGCUAAACAGCACGACUUACCUUCGAGUUUUGAGUACGUCUCGAAGCCAGAGCGCUGUAAUCGCGGUAGCAAAGGCAAUGGGGAAUAUUUCUCUCAAACAUUUCUCUGGCUUUCAUGCUUCGUUGGAUAUGCGAACAGCGAUUCCUCGACCAUUUCUUGCCUACUACCCAGCAAUAGUCAACCAAUCAGAUAUCAGCGAGACGAUCAACUUCAUCGACGGACCAAACAAGAUAUCUACUUUCGGGACUGGGCACCCACCCCGAUACGAAGAACUUGACACGCGCGAUAACUAUGACCCCAAGGAUCCACAGCUAUACACCUGCGACACUAAACAGAUUAGACUAGGGGAUGUCGCCUUAGGUCGAUCGGGGGAUAAGGGAGGGAAUCUCAACGUGGGGUUCUUUCCUAAAAACCCUCGCCAUUGGCCCUGGCUGCAGGGUUACAUGACCAAAGAUCGUAUGCGCCAACUUAUUGGAGCAGACUGGCAUGACAGUUUCUUUAUCGAGCGCGUUGAGUUUCCUCAUAUACAUGCUGUGCAUUUUGUUGUUUAUGGAAUUCUGGGUCGCGGAGUGAGCAGCUCGAGCCGUCUUGAUGGCUUCGGAAAGGGUUUCUUGGAUUAUGUUCGGGAUAAGUUUGUUGAAUUUCCCGUUGAUAUUCUCUAG